GAGACCAAGAAUGAAAUUAAAAAUGUACUGAAGUGAAUAUAAACAAUAACAAUAGAAAUGUGUAACUUAUCACAACAAUAAUAAUGCCUCACCCUUAGCAAAAGGGCCAGGAACCAAAAAUAAUACAAUAAGACAGAACCUUGACAAUAAGUGAGUCAUAUCGCGCAGGGAAUUAAAUUUGUCAAAAACAAAAAAAAAAACACACACAAUUUCUUGCUCGGCACUGCGUUGGUCGAAAGAAAAAGAAGGAACUAUAAAUAAAGCAAGAGCAACAGCAUCGGGCCAAGUUGUUGCUGCAAAAUACAGAGUGGAACUCAACUAAAUGUUGUUGAUUCUACUGGCCAUACUCAUGAGAUACGUAGACAUUUCCAAAGUGCAACAGAGUCAGCGCUGCGCCACGUGUGGCAGCGUUGGUGCUGAUUGCGGGUGCGAGGACUGCAAUGACGCAAACGGCAAUGCUCCCUGCUGGCGACAUGUGGCAGCCACAAGCAAUUCCAGCAGCACCAGCAGCGGCUGCGACAGCAAUUCAUCAUCAAAAGAAAAUUAUUAUUUGCCACAACAACAACAACAGCAACAGCAGCAACAACAAAGGGCCGUGCUUCCUGGUGGCAAGUGUGAGCAGCUCGAGCAACUGCGCUACUACCAGCGAAUGCAGCAACAGCAGUUAAAACUCUUGCAGCAACAGUUGCUGCAAAGACGCUUCUUGCAGCAGCAGUUGCUGCAACAGGGCGUGUCGCUGCCCCCGAAACAAAAUCGGACAAGACCUACAGCGUCCACAGCGUCGAUGACCUGCAACCAACAGUACCUGUUGCAGCAACGCCAGCAAAACUCUCCACAUGCUGCCCAAUUUAAUUAUGACAAUAACAAAAAUAUUGACAACUAUCAACACCAUAAUAAUGCAGGUGACUAUGGUAAAGGACUUCACUUUCGACGUGGCAUGACUGAGCUCUCAACGAACAACGAUGACAACAUUAACAUCAACAGUCACAACAUCAAAUCGCAUUUAAUAUCGCAACCUUUACAAAGCUCGCCCGUACAUCAACCAUAUGCAAAAGCUCAUCCCACCUCACUCUAUCAGUACAAUCACUUCUAUUACCAGCAACCCCAGAAACAACCGCCUGCUUUCAACGCAAACUCAACCACCAGCAGCAACAACGGGAAUAAGAACGCCAACAACACGACUGCUCACAUAGCUCUGACAACUGAAUCAUCCGCAUCCGCAUCUGCAUCCGCAUCUGCAUCCUCAUCACCCUACAGGAAUCCAUUGAACAGUCCCAGCAAUUCGCCCUUCAUCACGGCGACCGCAACGACCGGAAAGAGGUUUCAGCAACUGCUGAACGAUCGACUGCAGUGCCAGCAGCAGCAGUUACAGCUGCUAGCCGAAGGCUGUGAUCUUAGCGCUGCAGAUGAACUAAGCGAUGAGAGUCUUAAGCAGAAUGUGGCGAUUGUGUUGAGCAACUUGGAUCGCUACAAUAACGCACUCCGCAGCGUUAUACUCAACGAACAGAUCAUUAGCGGUAGUAAUAGUCUCUUGCUCUGUGACGAAAGCUUACCUUACGACUUUUACAACGUUCUUGAAGACGUGGAGAAGCAGCACGGGGGCUUUGUCAACAGCAAUAGCAGCAAUAACAACAACAACAACAACAACAACUUUUUGCUCAAUUAUCGACCGACCAUGGCAGCGACGAAUGUGGCGGCAGCUGCCACGCCCGAAUCAGACUAUAACAGUAACGCGACCACGCCGGGUGCGCGCAACAAUGAAAUGCUGCCCCCGCAGCAUGGGGUAGGUGCAAUGUUUUGUGUUGGUGAUGGUGUUGGGCAUCUUAAUGGGACUAAUAGUAUUGGUGGGAAUAAUGUUAAUUGCUCCCUGGCGUCCUCGCACGACUUUACUCAUGACAAUUCCGAUUAUCAGUGGUUCCUGGACUAUGGAUAUCGAGAUGGCUGUAGCGGCAUGCAACGCAGCGUCCUAAGCUCGCUCUCCUCAUCGUAUAAUGCGAUGGGCGAUCUUAUCUAUUACGAGGACCUUGCUAAGAACUUGGACGCCAAUUUAGCCGAAGUGGACAUGGAAAGCUUUCGGGCAGAAGAUAUACAUUCGCUAUUGUCGCAGUUGCCCGCCUACUGCAAAAGCCUGGGUGGCACCAACAGCCGACUGCAGCAAUCCUUGUUGCUGCAACAACAGCUGCAGCACAGCAACAUGUUGCCAAAUUUGCUGCAGACAGCUCACAAUAUGUCGGAGACCUCAACGACAUCGACCAAUGAACUGAUUGACAACUCAUUUUGCAAAUCGGAGCUCCUCUUCUCCCCAGUCAAAGAGUCAAACAUAUCUGUAUCUGACUCAUUGGAUAUGGAUGCGUAUCCCGACGAUGGCGAUAUCAUACUCACAUGCAAAGCCAAUAAGGACAACUAUACAAUUGCAUUUGAAGGCAGUGUACUUUACUCGGACGAGAGUUUUUACGCGGAACCCAGUGAAACUGCUAUCCGGAACAAACAGAACUGUAUUAACUUGCACAACAAUCUGGAGGAUAUUGUGAAGCGUAACAAAGCGUUGGAGGCAUCAAUGUCACGUUCGGCCCAAACCUUUCAGCCACUGUGCCUGUAUUCGCACAAGGCUGAGCCGCAAUUGCAAAGACGCUCGGUAUGUUCUGUUCGGACUACUUGUAGAUAUCCCUCGGGUAACAAUAACACCGGCACUGAGACCAUCACCAUCACACGCCAUUUGCCGCAGUGCAGUGUGCGGAAAAGCAGCAGUCUUCCCAAUCUGCAUGAGUCCCGAGAUGCGUUAAACAGCAGCCUGCAACAGGAGUCAUCGGCACAGCAGCAUCAACAGCAGCUAAACGUCUCGCAGGCUAUAAGUACGUCAACAAUGGAGUCCUGCACGACACGCAAUCUUCUGCCCAUGUGCCAAAUGCCCAUAUCGAUUAGUGUGUCAGUAAGUGAGCGACUACAACAACAUCAGGCAGUGGAGGGGCAGCAACAGCAGGUGACCCCUACAAAUCAGUAUCGCCACAAACAUCGCUGUAGCUGCACUUCAUCUACGGCCAACGACAGUCAAAAUUUCUGCUCCGCGGCCCACGCGCAGAAGCACGCACACAUCUCCGGGUCCGCCUCGUCGGGCAGCUCCAAUCCACCAGCCUUUAAUCUAGUCAAGCUCUUCAUUAAACAAAAAAGCAAUAAUUGCGCCGCUGAGGAGGCGCAGACAAGCACACAUACCUGCAUGGACGUCUCGUCCGGUUGCUGGCCAUCAAGCGAUGCUGCUGGCUCCAGCUCGAGCUCUUCACUUGAACAACGGCUGCGCAAGAAAAGCAUGAACGACUCAGGAAAGGGUUCAGCCGUAAGUCGACAUGAGGACGAGCAGGAUCAGUGUCAGCAAUGCAAUGUGAUGCUGCCCUCUACGCCCAAACGGCUGCAACGCACUCGCGAGGCACUCUUUUAUGAUGACGGUGCCAGCUCGAGUUCAGCUGGUUCCAUGACCGCAACUAACUCACCGGCACACCGGCGCCGUAACACUCCGCUGCAUAAUCCACAGUUGUAUCAAAUAGCCGCCAAUACACAGACCCAGACCAGCCAACAAUUAUCGGAGGCGAGUAACUCGUCUGAGCAGCUUACGCUCCUCUCCGUCGCUGGUAAGCGGCACAAGGACAAUGGCCGUCCUCUGUCUAAUGCGUGCAGCUCGGAGAUGAUUACGCGCUCCAUGCAGACAUCGUGUGGCUCGCUAAGCACGACACGCAGCAGCCUAAGCGACCGUUUUCGUUGCGUGCCACCCUCGUUUUUGGCCAAACUAAAUAAUCUGGGAGAGGAGCGUCAGGCCCCCAUAUAUGUUAUCUAUCCGAACUAUGCGCUGCCCGACUUGGGCUUCGUUAAGACGAAUGUCUCUAGUACAGAGGUAAUUUUCUCACCGUUCAACUAUAAAAUGACCAUGGACGGUGCCACUGUGACCUCGACAGCAUCCUUGAAAAAGCGCCAAAGCCUGAGUGCCGACGAGGAUGAAUUAUUUAAAACGCUCGACUACAAUCACAUUGCCGAUUGGCAGUCGCUGGCUAUUCUACUUCCUAGUAAAUACCGUCGACGCUUGAAAAUCAUUCCCGAGGUUCAACAAAUGGUAAGUCAAUUGGAGGUGGAGCUCUCGCAGCGACCACUGUUCUGUAUGUCGCCGCCGAUUCGUCGCAAUCGGCCCAAUAUUUGCGACUGUGCUAAGUACAUGCAACAGAUGCAAAUGGAGGAAGAGACAAGUUCUGGGUCCAGUCAACAGCCCAGUUCGGGCUAUCGCGGCUCCUCUACGCUGCUCACCGAUUCAGAGCUAGAUCCGCUUUAUAUAUACCAGUAUGAGCAACAGCGCAUGGAUUCGGGUGCGGAAGCACGCCAAACACCACCGCAGCCAAUGCCACGAAGCAUUCUGCGCAAAACGCCAUCAACACAGCCGCGAUCCAAACGCAAUUCAAUGAUCGAGGCGCAGCAGACACAAAAACUGGCCAAAUUAGAGAAAAGACGCAGUCUACAGGAGCCACCGUACAACUUUACGCUCGCCUCCACGGACGAACUGGCCGAGGUGUUUGAAGAGGAGGACGCGGCGCCACAGCCCGUCACAAAUCUACGCCUGUCGCGUAGGGAUCUCGAUGCGCGUGCGCGUGCCGAGAAUUUCCUGGCAUCGCUGCCACGCUCAGAGCUAAAGUAUUAUGCAGAAAUUGCAGCUAUCUUGGAGUCUUCUGGCGAGCUGGUGCAGUAUGAUGCAGCGGCGCUCAAGAAGGAGGUGAGUCGCGUGCUCAGCCAGCAGAAGAAGGUGUCCUUUAACGAUGAUGCAUCAGUGGCGCUCCCGCUGCAGGCUAAACGGUUCACCACUCCACCAAAUUCGCCGAACAUUUCCAUUGCGGCAUUGCAACGACGGGAGACGCUCGAUGCAAAGGAGCAACGCAAGAUCGAGAGCAAUCGCUUCAAGAGAUUGCAAAUCCAAUGGGAACUGAUGAGCAAAGACUCGAGCAUGCUGAAGGAGCUGGUUAGCGAGCAGGCGACCAAGAGCGGCGGCUCCACGCCAACCUCGACAGCGACGGGUGCGAACUCGGCACAUAAGUCUCGCAUACCGCGACCAGUAAGCUAUCCCGCUGGCAGAACUACCCCCACAAAACCCGCCAGUACACCCACCAAGAUGGCAGCACACGCUUCUCCACAGUCUGUUACUAAAACCCGCAAUACACACGCUAUUGUCUCCUCUCCCCAAACGAACAGGGUCAGCACCCAGGAUGCAGGUAGCUCCAAGUGUAACACUCGCUCGCCGAGUCGCAUAGUGCCGCCAAAACGUUACAGUAUAGCCACAACGCCUACACCCACAACCCCCACAGGACCUGCACGUGCACGCACGCCCAAUGGCAGGAUGGCUGUGACAGCGCCCAACACUCCAAAGCGUCAAAGUGUCGCCCAAUCGCCCAGGCCCAUCUCGCGUGUCCGUUGAGUCUGGAGAGGAGGACGAACCCAGCCCAAUGGAAUCGACCAGUGGAUCGUGCAUUACAUCAAGUUAAACACAAAUAAAAUAAAGAGCAAUGCAAUUGUAAAAUUAUAGGCUAAGGCUAUGAUGGCCUUGUGCGGUUUUUCUGCUUAGCUGCUGGCCCGGAAAGUGAUAUUAAGCGAAAGGAUUAGAGGAUUGUACGGUUCCGCCUGAGGCCACACACUAGUGUUGGCGUUUUUUAUUUAUUUUUAAGUUGCGCAUAAGUAUUUACAUUUCUUUUAAUAUCUGCCAACUACCGAUACAUUGCAAAAUCAAUGCCUACAUCAUGUAUAUACAUAUAUAGAGAGCUAUAUAGAGCAAGUCGUUAAAAUUCAAAAACGCGCCGGCUUUUUUUUUUUUAAUUUGUGCAAGCAAUGCACUCGAAAAUCAUUUCCGAUGCGUUUUUAAUUAAGAAACAUUUAUAAAUUGUAUAAAAUAUUUUCUAUAAACCAUAUCGAUAUGAAUUAUUGAAAGGCAUAUAAUUAUAGGGCAUAUAGUGAAUACUCCAGAUCAGGUUAAUUAACAAUAUAUACAUAUAUAUACAUACAUGUAUGCAUACAUACCUAACUAUAUAAUUAUCUAUACUGACAAAACAAAAAAACAAAAUGAAAAAAAAAAAUAGCAGAAAUACAAGCCUAUAUAGUAUAGCUUCAUGGCUCAAGAGCGGCGUUUACUGAUAUAUGUGUUAUACCUGUUGAUGGCAGCGGUGCGUAGAAAUAAUUAUUUCUGCUAUUCAUUUAUGAUUUGCAAAAAGCCUAAGGAUAUCUAUCCCGAAUUGCCUUUAAUACUGAAGCGAAAAAUAGAACGGUGCCGCUUCUGUUGCUUCCAAUUUGCGAUUUUUUGUUGCGACUUCUCUUUGCUAUUUAUUUCAUUUUUCGAGAAAUUCUCAAUUUCUUUAAAACCACGUCGAUUCUUAAUAUUCAGAAUCAGAAAACAUUCAAUAUUUCAAUCGGAUAUAUAUCGAUGCAAGACUUGCGUAUGCUUACUACUUUGUCUAGACAUAAGAUAAGUCUGCAUACUAAAUUGUGUUUAAGGGUAACGCCAGGUUGAAAGAAUUAAUCACAAAGUGGAAUAAGCGGAAGAUAUAUACUAAUUAUGUAAUUACCCGACAAAGCAAGAAACAAUGUGUAAAAAUAAAUUCAUAAAAAUAAACAAGUAAAAAGUAUUAUCAAAACAUAAACAAAA